AUGCGAGGCCGGGAAAGAUCGUCUCAAGCAGGGGCAGCUGCAAAAGCCGAAGGUCUUGGUGCCUUCAGACUAGUCACUGCUCAAAAUAGCACCAACACCUCUGUCGAUUGGUCUCAGUAUGUACAGCCAUUUCUGGGUACUGAAGGAACUGUUCCCGGAACAGCCUUCAACGGUGGGAACUGUUUUCCAGGAGCUGUUCUUCCAUUCGGAUCUGUAAAGCUUGGACCUGACACGACGUCGUUCAAUACAAGUAUUGGUCAGAAUGCUGGAUAUACGCCAGAUGGGAAUGUCACUGGCUUCUCGAUGACCCAUGUUUCUGGAACAGGUGGAGGUCCAGUGUACGGAGUUGUGUCCCAGAUGCCUCUUGUUUCUCUCGAUGGCGUGAACGUCUUGGACAACCUGACUUACAUGGAGCCACGACAGGGAAAUGAUACUGCAACUGUCGGGUACUACAAAUCAAUUUUCCAAAACGGUAUCACCACCGAGUUGUCCGCCACCAGCAAUGCAGGUAUCUUCCAAUACACAAUGCCUGGAGUUGCUUCAAGCCAUAUUCUUGUCGAUCUUUCCCAUUACCUGCCAUCCAAUGGCGGCGGAUAUCAGUCUCAGUUCUAUGCCAACGGCAAGAUCACGGUCUCUGACAGUGGCCAGCAGUAUCAAGGAUGGGGCAUAUACAAAGGAGCUUUCAGUGAGAUUCCCGCGUAUCAAAUAUAUUAUUGCGCUGAGUUUGAUACUGAGCCAAUGUUAUGGCAAACAUUCUCCGGCAUCUACACUGAUCCAUAUUGGCCAGCGGACUUGAACGCCGAGCCGACGUUCAGCAACUCCUCCACCAUUAAUGGCGGCCCUCAAUCAUAUCUCUUCGGAGACCGGGUCGGAGCAGUCUUCUCAUUCGCAUCAAAUGCAUCGACUAUCAGAUCAAAGAUCGGGAUAUCGUGGAAAUCAGUUGAGAUGGCAUGCCAAUUCAAGGGUCAAGAAAUUCCUAACUGGAAUCUGACAGAAGUAGCCCAAGCCGCCAAAAAUUCUUGGAACCAAGACAUUUUGAGCACAAUAACUACUACUGAUCUGUCAAAUACUACCAGACUGGAGAUGUUCUACACUGGGUUGUAUCAUACCACUCUCAUGCCAACAGACAAAAGUGGUCAGAACCCACAUUGGCAAACUGACGAGCCUACCUAUGACGAUUACUACACUUUCUGGGACACUUUCAGAUGCACGAAUAGUCUCCUCUUGCUGAUCUUGCCUGCUCGCGCGGCAGGGAUCAUUCGUUCCGCCAUUGAUAUUUGGCGCCAUGAGGUUUUUAUGCCAGACGGCAGAUCUGGGUUUUAUAAUGGCCAAGUUCAGGGCGGUAGCAACGCAGACAAUGUUCUAGCAGACGCAUAUAUUAAAAACCUUGACUAUGGCAUCAACUGGACCGCGGGGUACCAAGCAAUGUUGACUGAUGCCGAACUGACACCGUACAACACUUGGGACGCGGGUGAUCCCACAUCCAGUGUAAAGGAAGGUCGAGGUGCUCUCCCAGACUGGCUUUCACUUGGUUGGAUUAGUCCAGAUUAUAGUCGAAGUGUCAGCCGGACAGUGGAAUAUGCUUUGAAUGAUUUCUCUGUUGCGCAAGUUGCAGCAGGUCUUGAUCCUACGAGCUACCAGAAGUAUCUCAAUCGUUCAGCAAAUUGGCAAUACAUCUGGCAGCAUAAUCUCACUUCUUACAACUUCACUGGUUUUCUGGCCCCUCUUUACUCGAAUGGCACCAGAGACCCAAAUUUCCAGCCUGGAGUUUGCGGCGAGGGGUGUGAAGCUACAAGUUACACUUAUGAAGCGCUACCGUGGGAAUAUUCUUGGACUGUCCCAUUUGACAUGCAGACUCUCAUCAGCUUCAUGGGCGGUGCAAAUACUACGGAAUCCCGCCUCGAUGCAAUGUUCAUUCCCGGAUUGGGAAGUGCGGUUGGCGUGAAUGGCGGCAAUGGAGUCGGCACUACCCUUUACAACCCAGGCAAUGAACCCAGCUUCUCCACUCCAUUGCUGUAUAAUUAUCUACCUCAACGGCAGUAUAAAACUGUCCUUCGAACACGUCAAACAGUCAAUCAAUACUACAACAACGGACGCUCCGGUCUUCCUGGCAACUCGGACUCAGGAGCCAUCGACUCCUGGAUGAUGUGGCAAAUGCUAGGCCUGUAUCCAGUAGUCACACAGCCCGUAUAUCUCAUUGGCUCUCCUUGGUUUUCAAACAUCAGCAUGCAUGUUGGAAGCGAGAAAUACCUGGUGAUUUCAGCGGAGAAUUUGAGUGAUGACAGCUAUUACGUCCAGAGUCUGAAAGUUAAUGGGCAGGGCUGGAACCAAAGCUGGAUUCAUCACGAUAUUAUCAAAAAUGGCGGGACUUUGGAGUUUGUGCUUGGUAGUGCGCCAGCGAUGUGGGACAUUGGCACCUUGCCACCAAGCCCAGGGCAUAUUGUGGCCAACAAGACAUUUUAGAUGAUAAAAGUACUUGAUAAAGCUGUCCAU